GCUUUGCUAUUUUGAAAAUGAAUUUUUCACUAAAUAAUAUUAUGUUUACAGAGUUCAAUUCGUGUGUAACUAUUUAAAACAAUUGAAUAAUAUUACAUAAAUAUUGCUAUAAGUAAUUAAAUGAAUUAGCUUGUUAGCUGUUAUCAUUGAGCAAGUUCUGUUUUACGCAAACAUACUACAAUGGGGCGCAAAGUGAUUGUUGCAGUAUGCACUUUAAAUCAAUGGGCUCUAGAUUUCGAAGGAAAUCUUAACAGAAUUCUACAAUCAGUACAGGAAGCAAAAGAGAUGGGAGCUUUAUACCGCACUGGACCAGAAUUAGAAAUAAGUGGCUAUAGCUGCGAAGACCAUUUUUACGAACCAGACACAUUCCUACAUAGUUGGCAGGUUUUAGCAGAGUUGCUCAAGUCAUCCACAUGUAAAGAUAUUCUAGUUGAUGUCGGUAUGCCAGUACAACACCGUAAUGUAUCAUAUAAUUGUCGAGUAGCAUUCCUUAACAAAAAGAUUUUGUUGAUCCGACCAAAGAUGAUGUUGUGUGAAGAUGGCAAUUAUAGGGAAUCCAGGUGGUUUUCGUGUUGGACUAAGGAACGUCAAAUUGAAGACUUCUUUCUACCAAGGAUUAUUACGUCUAUCACAAAUCAAAGCACAGUUCCUAUUGGCGAUGCAGUUAUAUCAACCAAAGACACUUGUAUUGGAUUUGAGAUUUGCGAAGAGUUGUGGAAUCCGAAAAGUCGACAUAUACCACUUAGUCUCGACGGCGUAGAGAUAAUUUCGAAUGGAUCCGGAAGUUAUAUGGAACUUCGAAAGGCCUACGUCACAGUCGACUUGGUAAAGAGUGCGACGUUCAAAAGCGGUGGAGCCUAUUUAUUCAGCAACUUGAGAGGUUGCGAUGGUCAGAGAAUAUACUUCAACGGUUGCUCCUGUGUGGCUGUUAAUGGGGAAAUUGUUAGUCGAGGACUGCAGUUCGCCUUACAUGAUGUGGAAGUUGUGACAGCAACAAUAGAUCUAGAGGAGAUACGGGCAUACCGAGCCAUGAUACGGUCUCGAUGUCAUUUGGCGGCUUCGAAUCAACCAUUUCCACGAAUAACUGUUGAUUUCGCUUUGUCCGAUGACCAAGACAUGUUUCUGCCUGUUAGCACGCCUAUUGAAUGGAAGUAUUUGACUCCCGAGGAGGAAAUAGAACUAGGUCCGGCAUGCUGGCUUUGGGACUACUUGCGGAGAUCAGGUCAAGGAGGAUUCUUUCUGCCGCUGAGUGGAGGAGUUGACUCUACGAGCACAGCCUGCAUUGUAUACUCCAUGUGCACCCAGAUAUGUGAGGCUGUGCAGAAAGGAGAAAGUCAGGUGCUGUGUGACGUCCGUAAGAUCCUGUGUCAGUCAGACUACACUCCGUCCGAUCCCAUGGAGCUCUGCAACAGAUUGCUUGUCACGUGCUACAUGGCCACAGAGAACUCUAGUCAUGAAACUAAACAGAGAGCCUCGCAGCUUGCCAGUGAAAUAGGAAGUUAUCAUUUCUCAAUAGUCAUCGAUUCAGCCGUCAGUGCUGUGAUCGGUAUAUUUACAACAGCUACGAGCCUCGUGCCCAAGUUCAGAGGCAAAGGUGGAUGUCCGAGGCAGAAUCUGGCUUUGCAGAAUAUUCAGGCCCGUCUCCGUAUGGUACUGUCGUAUCUGUUCGCUCAGCUGAUGCUAUGGGUCCGAGGGCGCCCCGGCGGACUCUUAGUAUUGGGGUCUUCGAACGUCGACGAGGCUUUGAGAGGCUACCUAACCAAAUAUGAUUGUUCGAGCGCCGAUGUGAACCCUAUCGGAGGCAUUUCUAAGACAGAUUUGAAGUCCUUCUUACAAUACGCUAAGAGUAGGUUCUUCCUACCCUCACUGUCGGAGAUAUUACAAGCGCCACCAACGGCUGAACUAGAACCGUUAGCCGAGGGUAAGAUAACGCAAACUGACGAAGAAGACAUGGGAAUGACGUACGCUGAGCUGUCAGAGUUCGGGAGGCUGAGGAAGAUGCAGGCGUGUGGACCGUUCAGCAUGUUUCAGAAGCUGGUGCACACCUGGGACAACUGUACUCCGCAAGAGGUGGCAGAAAAAGUGAAGCACUUCUUCCGCUGUUACGCGAUAAACCGCCACAAGAUGACGGUACUGACGCCGUCCUACCACGCCGAGUCGUACAGCCCUGACGACAACCGUUUUGACCACCGCCAAUUUCUGUACCGGGUGCAUUGGAACUGGCAGUUCAAGAGAAUUGACGAAGCGGUGACUCACAUGGAGAAGAAAAAACGUGGUUCCGUACCAAAUGACGCCGAGCAAAACCCCACGAUUAACCAUAUGUCGAUUGUUCCGCCACAUUUCAAUAUGAGAAGAGAUAGAAAGGGCGUACUUAUCUAGAUGUGUCUAUCUAUUUAUUUCUAUGUCUGCAAUGGCACUGUCUCAAUAUCAAUAGAGCGUAUUGUUGUCUCUUUUAUUCACAAUUAUGAAGACAGUGACAACAAUACAAGUUGGAGCUUAAAUGUUUGUUGUACCCGCACAAAAGUAGAAUAAUAUAAGACUUUUUUUACACUUAUUUAAAUAGUCUAAAAAUUGUAUACACGAUGCUGGAUAUUAAAGAAACGCAAGUUCUUAAGCAUAUUAUAUAAAAGAUUUGCGAUUAUAAAAAUAAAUACAGGGUGUCCAUAUACCAUUUAGAUUGGUCAGUAUGGGCAAGUCUGAAAAUAUAAGAUAUACGGUUUAAAGUUAAAAUCCUGUGGUUUUAUCACAUUAAAACGAAUACGCAUACACACACGUACUCACAAUCCCACCUUCACACUCAUACACACACACACACACAUAUUUAUUUGUGUAUAUAUAUAUAUAUAUACAGACUAGCAUCUGCCCGAAUACAAUCAUGGUGUUUUACUGUGUUGAUUGCUUAAAAUUCAGGCCUUUAAAAUGUUAACCCCCUUUUGGCUGUCAGAUCAUAUAUAAACAAAUAAAGAUGUCUUCAUAAGAACCAUGUCAUUGAUUUUAGUGACAAGAAAAACUUCGUUCAUAGAUUUAAAAAAAAAUAGUACUCACUUCGGAGAUCGAACCCGAAGGUACCUAUUUAAAAAUUAUACGUAGGUAGACAUAAACCCCUUUAUUCAUAAUGUUCCGCUAACUUUAAACAGCCGCUAAGGAGUGUUUUUUCUCAUUCUGACUUAGGUCAAUAGAAGAAGACAGAGUGAAAAUUAGCAAUGCUUUUAGUUAGAAGACUAUUAUGAAUAAGGGGGUAAUUCUAUAGUCGAGGUCGCUCGAUUUAACCCCACUAGAUUAUAUCUUGUGGGGUUACGUUGAAGAAGUGUACGAAAGAAGCUAACUAUGGCUAUGUUAUAGCCAUAGAGGCAAUUUUGAAAACAAAUUCAUCACCUGAUGAUACAAUACACAAUACUAAAAUUGUUCAAUAUUAUUAAUUUGUUAUGUUUAAAGUGAUAUCCUUCUGGGAUUAAUUAUUUAAAUUAAAUUUGUAACCGAAAUUUAUGAAUAAUGCGGGACCCGAACCCGCGAACUCUCGGGUUCCGUCCGAGCGCUGUUACCAACUGAGCCAUCUCGGGUUGUUGCUCCAUCUGCAGGUUAUCAACUGUAAAGAAAAUUUAUUGAAGUAGGCGUUACUUUGCGGAAAUCCAUAAUUAUCCAAAUGUUAAACGAGACUCAAGUGGCAUCAGUCCCGUGCCAGAGUUAGGCGAGUUAACAUGUCCUAAGGAUGCAUACAAAUAUUGGCGAAAUUAACACUUGAAAUUGAAUAACUGUAAGAAGAUCCUGUAGAUGGAGCCACAUCCUGAGAGUUGAACAAGUUAUACCAAAAUUUACGACCUUGUUGUUGGCUCAGUUGGAAGGAGCGCUCGGACGGAACUCGAGAGGUGCGAGUUUAAUAUUGUAAUGAAAAAGAAAUGGCUGUCAUUUCGAACACCUACUAUAUUUAAUUAAAGAAUAUGUAAAAUAAUGCAUUUAUUUUAGUUAUAAGUUUCAUAGUAACAGUUCCUUACCUACACAAUUGAUAUCUAAAUAGAAAUAAUGUAUGUUUUAUUUUUCUUAACAUCCGGGUUCGAUUCCCGAACUGAGUGCUAGUUUUUUUUUUUAUUUUAAUUUAAUUGUUAUUUAUUUCAUGUUAAAAUUUGUAUUUGCUCAGUCGCUUUAUACACGCUUGCCUGCAAAGUGGCUAAGUUUUUAUCUAAUUUAGAGGUUAUUUAAAUAAUAAUGUAGAAAUAUUAAGAAUUGAAACUUUUGUCGAUUUAGAUUUGUGAGUAGUCAUAUAUUUUGGCAAAGCAUGUGAUGAUAGUUAUAGCUAAGGGAAUUAGUAGGUAGUAUAUAAUAGUUUUAAGCCUUAUUGCCUUUCAAAUAAAUAUGUAUUAUAUGUUACUCCUAGCUGACCCAGCAAACGUUAUUUUGUCAUAUAAAUUAUCUUUAGAGUUAGACCGUUUCUUGGACAUUGCAACAUUACUUUAUUUUUCUAAAAUAAACGUAGCCUAGGUUACUCCUUAUUACAUCAGCUACCUGAUAAUAAAAGUCCUGUCAAAUUAGGUCCUGCCAUUUCAAUAUUACAAACAGACACUCCAAUUUUAUUUAUAUGUAUGUAUACAUUACAGAUAAUAUAUCAGGGUUGUUAAAUUGUUUUUUAUAAUGUCACCACCUUAUUCUAUGUCGAAAAGUUGUACAAUUAUUUUUGAGAGUAUUAAUUUAUUAUUCGAAAUAUAUAUUUCUUGCAAUUCUUUCUUCCACCAUUUAACCCAUGUCGUAAAAUUAGGUUUUUCCGUCUGGGGCUUCUAACUUCCAAAUAAACAUACAGGUUUGGAUUUGUGGUUUAUUUAAAAACCAUUUUUUAAAUGUAAGUUAAUGUGAAGUAGAUGCUUUUAAGCUAUUUUAGUGUAGCAUUUGAGUAUAUUACUAAUUAUUGAUGGAUAUUAUUUUUUGACAUGUAUUGAUUCUGUAAUCUGUUCCUUAAAUAAUCUUCUCGAAAACAAUUUUAGUAGGUAUUCAAUGGUCUAAAGAUUCGAUUUUUUACGACGUUAAAGUAAAUUCCGAUAAGUAACUUAUUUAAAACAGAAACUUUAUUUAUGAGCUGCUUACAUUGAGAAUCUAAAAGUUCAUUUUUGAUUUAGUGUUAGUAGCUGAAUAUAAGUACAUAAAAUCAUAUUUUUUUAAGUCUACCGUCAUCAGCCGAUAAUUAUACAUUUAACUCUUAAGUUAUCGGAUAAAAUCCUUUGAAAUAACUUAUAAAUUAUGUUUAAAACUGCUCAGUGUUAAUGUAUUUAAACAAAAAUGUGUUUUAUGUUAUGGAAUAUAUUUUAAAUAUAUUUUUUGUAAAACGCCAGUAACCUAUUUGUGAAGAAGAUUAUUUUAAGUAGGUAGGUAUACUUACUGCAACCUUAUAGAUGCUUAAAGCGAAUUAUUACUGUUAUUAAUCAAAAUAUAUGUUCAUAUGUAAGUGACUAAGUUUUUAAUAAGAAAUAAAAUAAUUUAAACUUAAAACUAGUGAAAUUACUGGGCAAAUGAGACUUAAUAUCAUAUGUCUCAAGGUGACGAGCGCAAUUGUAGUGCCGUUCAGAAUUUUUGAGUUUUUCAAGAAUCCUGAACGGUACUACAUUGUUAUGGGCAGGGCGUAUCAAUUACCAUCAACAGAACGUCCUGCUCGUCUUGUCCCUUAUUGUCAUAAAAAAUACUGUAUACCUUAUUAGUGUCAUAUACAUACGUAUAUCGUUAAGUAGUAUUCGCUCACUUGUAAGUCACUCAAAUGGGGUUGUUACUGUAGGUUAGUUUUUAACGUUUUACGGCAGUUCCCAAUAUACUAUCUACAGAUAGAGAUAAAUUACUACCUUCUACUGUCAGUAAUUAGCUGUCAAUAAUCUGAAGUUGUCCCAAUAUACCCGAUAACUCUUAUCGCCUUAUAUUGGGACGCAUGAAUUGCAAUUUCCAUACAAACUUUAUAUCACUGGUAAGCUAUACGUCGUCCCAUUGACAGACAGCGUGCACGGGUAAGGAGAGUUACCGUCGAUAAGUUUAUUGGGACAGAAAAGUCAUCGAAAGUUAAGAUUUUAAUCUCAAUUAGAGAUUGACUGAAUAUUGGGAACGGGCGUUAGUGAGCGUGGGUGGCGUUGGUGUCGUACCAUUAGGUGACCGGUACCUACACUACUUUGUUCUCCGGUUUUUUUUUAAAGUUGUUGUGUACUUAUGUAUGCACGCAAGAAGUUAUUCUUCUUUGGCGUAUCAAAGCAAAAGUUCUUAAAAUUAUUUAUUCCUCGUGCUAUUCUACGUUUGUAGAAAGAACAAUAUUGUAAAAAUCUUGCAAAGAUGGCUUCGACAAUAAUUAAUUAUUAAAUAACGAAUACGGAUGAUGGGCUUGAACCCUUUGCCUGUCCUAAUAAUGGACGAAGAAACCAAAAAAAAAAACGAAUGUCGCAAACGUCAGAAAAUUUUAGGAACCAACUUCACCCUGACACUUUUGUUUUACAGUGAUGCGCGCGCAUCUUAAAAUUUCACUCUCAUCAUUUUUCUAUAACGCGUCUAAAGAAGUAUAACUUCAAAAAUGUGAAAUAUAAAAUGAAGCAAUGUAUGGAUUUUGGUUACGUUUUUUUUUUCAAUAUAUAUAUUUAUAUUGUAAUUAUUAUGACGGGUACUCACGAAAUAUAUUCUAUAUCUGCAGUACAAAUACAACAGAAAGACCCGAAAGUAUGGACGUCGUCAGUAGUGUGUGUCGUGAAUUACUGAAUCAAACACCAAAACGAUUUAGCCGCCACGCGGACAGAUUGAUGUACUAUUUGUGUCAAGUGUCAAUGUGUCAAGAGUUUCCGCCGCCUCCGCAAUUUCGCCGGGCACCCCUUGCUUUAUAAAAAGUAGAUUUUGUAUUUACAUAAAAUAUUAUAACAAUAAAAUAUAAUCUGCUUGAAGUGUUUAGAAGUGUUUGCGAUGGUCGGCAGCUCAAGAUCGCGAUGGAAGUCUACGAACGAAUCAUGGCGUUAUGUUCUGAAUUCAUUAGCCUCUGUUUGACCAUUUUUUUAUGGAAAAAAAAGUACAAACGAGCGUACGGCUUACCUGGUUUUAAGUGAUCACCGCCGCCCACAUUCUCUUACAAUCCAAGGAAUCACAGGAGCGUUGCCGGCCUUUAAGGAAGGUGUACGCGCUUUUUUUUAAGGUACCCAUGUCGUAUCGUCCCGAAAACACCGCACAAGGAAGCUCAUUCCACAGCUUUGUAGUGCGUUGAAGAAAGCUCCUUGAAAAGCGCACGAACAAAUGCGGUUAAUGUUCCGCCUUAUUGACUUCCUAAAAAUAAUCAUUGUUAUCCGUGUUUGAACGUAUUGGUAAUGCGUAUAUUUUUCAAGAAAGGAUAUAUUAACUUUAUAUUAAAGUAGUGGACCCGACAGACGUUGUCCUGUACAAACGUCUUAUAUUUGAAAAAUCGGUCCAGCCGUUAGGAGUUCACUAACUUACACAUGAGCAAGAGAAUUAUAUUAUAUGGAUGGAAUUGAGAAUCUAAACCAAUCGCAAAUUCACUGGAACUCACAAAAAAAAUCAUCAAAAUCGGUCCAGCCGUUAAGGAGGUAGUUCAAUUGUGAAUAUAAACCAUUCUCGAAUCCACCUGAAGACACACAGAUAGUUUCAUUAAAAUCGGUCCAGCCGUUUAGGAGAAGUUUAGUUACACCAGACGCAUAAAAGAAAUAUACAAAACUAGCUGACCCGACAGACGCUCUGUCAAUAAACGGUUCGAGAGAUAUGGUAAAGGCGUGGGUGGGAUCGUGACACGACAAACUAUAUAUGUAAACCUUCCUUGAGCUUCAACGAAUCUAUUACAAAAGAUUUCAUUGAGAUUGGUCGAAUAGUUUAGGAGUUAUUAGGGAACAUACAAACAUACAUUCUCUUUUAUUUAUAUAGAUAAGAUGUUAUAACACAAAUUAUCAGCAUUAUAGCUUCUGAAGUACGAUUUCGUCCACCUAAAAUUAUACGAAUUUCUUAGAAUUAAUUAAAUACUUAAGUACAUUAUAUUUUUGCUUCAUACAAAUGUAUGCUUUUUGUUUUUUUUAAUCAGUAUAGGUAUUUUAAUGAAAUUAUUAAAUAAAUCAAUUAUUUUUGCACCUGCAGAGCUCUUUGCGUAGGUACCUAUAGUUUUAAGUAAAAUAUUGUCGUCGAGUUUUUUGUUCCUGUCGCUCUGUCUAGUAUAACUGAAAUAAAUUUAAUUGUUUUGA